AUGCUACGUUGUGUGUGGAGACAUCUGGGUAUCCUGUCGUGGCCUAACCUCAGUCCAGAGACCGUGCUGUUCUUCAGCGGACGGGUCGAACCACCUCACAACAGCCAGGAUGAUCUCAGAGACAACCUGUCCGCCCAGGAGGGGCAGGCUCUGCUCUGUCUACCGGCAGAGUCCUCCACCCAGCUGGGGGAGGGGCCCGAGCCGAGCGAGACCUCACACGACAGCAUUCGCUCAUCUGACACGGCCCGGCUUCGGUGCUCCUGCCAGCCCGCACACAGUCGCACCAAACACCACUCUGGAUCCAACGUGAGCUUCAGCCACGAUACCGAGGGAGGCGAGGACGACCAGGCCCAGGACUUUGCAAUGGGCUGCCCAGAGGUGGAGGCAGAGGACUUUGUGUGUGACUACCACCUGGAGAUGCUGAGCCUGUCACAGGACCAGCAGAACCCAACCAGCAUCCAGUUUGAUCAUCUCUCCUGGCAGUGCCACCUGCCCUCCCUCAAGCCACUGGGCCUCAACAUCAUGCUGAACCUCUGCAACGCCAGCGUCACCCAGCAGCUCUGCCGCUUCUCUGACCACCUGUCCAACCUGGCUCUGCAGGAGAGCCACGGCUCUGUACUGACUGUCUACGUACCCUGGGGGCUCUGUGAGCUCUCCAGGCUCAUAGGAUUCACUCCCGGUGCAAGGGAGCUGUUCAAACAGGAGAACCACUUGGCUCUGUACCAGCUGCCAUCUGGAGAGAAAACCAAGGAGUUAACCUCCCGCCACCUUCAUUACUUCACCAAACGCCAGCCUCCCAUGUCCCACCUCAUCUCUCUGUUCGUACGAGACUCCUCCUCCAAUAACAUCCAGAUGCUGUCACAUGGCUCGGCUGACCUCAUCCUGGAAGCCUGCACUGACUUCUGGGAUGGAACUGAUAUCUACCCCCUGUCGGGCUCAGACAGAAAGAAGGUCCUGGACUUCUACCAGCGGGCCUGUCUGUCAGGUUACUGCUCAGCCUUUGCCUACAAACCCAUGCAAGUGUCACUGUCAAGCCAACUCAAUGGGAAGUGUGUAGAACUGGCCCCCGGUCCCAGCCUCUUCUCUGGAGUGGAGCUGCCCUCCACCACCCCCAUCAAAUACAACUCCUGUAGGAACAGCUGGAGCUCAGAUGAGGGUAUAGGUGAGGGGGUGGAGCGUGAGGACUGCGUCCAGGCCCUGAGUGGGCAGAUCUUCAUGGGAAUGGUGUCGUCUCAGUUCCAGGCGAGGCUGGACACAGUCCGGCUUAUCGAUGCCCUGGUCACAGCUUGCAUCCGCUUUGUUUACUUUUCUAUGGAGGAUGAGCUCCGCAGCAAGGUUUUUGCUGAGAAGAUGGGUUUAGAGACGGGCUGGAACUGCCACAUCUCUCUGACCCCAAACGGAGACAGUCCCUGUGAUGGAGCUCCAUCCAGCCCCAGUCACGGUUCCCUGCACGAAGACCUGAACCAAGGCACCAAACCUGUGUUUGCACAACCUGAGGAUAUUAUUCAUUUUAUUACAUUUACUGUUGGGGUGCACUUCAUGACUGUCCUUCUGUCUGCAGAUUCUUGGGAUGAAGCAGAAGGUCCUUUGCUGCCAGAGGAGGAAGCCCACUCUGACUUAGCCAGUUUCCAGCCCACAGACAGUGAUGUGCCCAGCUUCCUGGAGGACUGCAACAGGGCCAAGCUACCUCGUGGGAUCCACCAGGUCCGUCCUCAUCUGAAGAACAUUGAUAAUGUGCCUCUUUUGGUGCCACUCUUCACUGACUGCACCCCUGACACCAUGUGUGAGAUGAUGAAGAUCAUGCAGGAGAACAGGGAGGUUACAUGCUGUCUGGGAAGCUCCGCCAAUUUCCGCAACAGCCGCCUGUUCCUACAGAGUGACAUCAGCAUCGCUCUGGACCCUCUGUACCCGUCUCAGUGUUUGUGGGAGACGUUUGGCUAUGCCACCGGAGGAGGCUUCAACGGAGACGCUGAGGGUCUGUCUCCUCUGAGACUCUCAGGACAGCUCAACAGUCUGGGCUGCUCUGUCACCUUCCACCAAGGAGAGAGCGUCAGCAUGGUCAAGCUCAUAGAGCAGGCGCGACACACGACCUAUGGCAUCCGCAAAUGCUUCCUCUUCCUGCUGCAGUGUCAGCUCAGUCUGGUCAUCAUCCAGUUCUUAGCCUGUCUGGCUCAGCUUCCUCCUCCAAUGAACACCACUGACAUCCUCUGGCUGUCCUGCUUCAGCUGCCCACUUCUAAGUGUGUCACUUCUGGGGAAGCCUCCAGACAGUUCAGUCAUGGCAGUUGCCACAGGGAAGAACCUAGAUUUCAUUCCAAGAAAGACCCAGAACUACUUCCUUGGCUGUUUCCUGUUGAAGUUUGCUCUGACAGUGUGUGCCUACCUGUUGGCCUUUGGGUUUACGCUGCAGGAGGUCUGCCUAAGCAGAGGCAACAACACCACCAUCACCUGCCACAUACUCACAGCCAGCUCUUCAGACGAGGCUCCUCAGUGGUUCAGUGAGCUGUCUAAUGGCCUGCUGCUGACUCAGAAGGUCAUGGCAGGGUUCCUCGUCUUACACACAGUGGUGAUCUCCCUCAGCUACGUCCACCGCUCUCAGCCUCUGUGGAGAAAGAGUCCGUUCAGCAAUACCUGGUGGUGUCUCACUGUACCUGUGGUUCUGCUCAGCCAGAUUGUUCAGGCCUCAGUGGAUUACCAGUUGUGGCGCGACCGGGGCAACCUCCCGACCUUUAACCUUGGUGACAUACCGCUGCUAGCCUGGAUGCUGGUCUCUCUGUCCAUGCUGCUGCUGGUGGUGGUCAAUGAGGUGGUGAAGCUACACGAGAUACGCAGGUAGCUGCAUCUGUCUGAGUGGGACUCCAG